GUGUGUGUGUGUGUGUGUGUGUGUGUGUGUGUGUGUGUGUGGUACCGUGACCUUGGUACACGGGGCAUAUAAAGAGGAGGUGAGAGAGGUGGAGUUUUACAUCUUUCUUCACCAGACAACAUGAAGACACUUCUGCUUACUGCCACGCUAAUGGUGACGAGUGCUGUCGCCCACACAGAAAUACCGACUGCCUGCGACCCAGAGUCACACUUCGUGAAUGGCAUGUGCCAAGCCAAGGACGAUUGCACCUCCAACUGCGUCGCCCCGAAAGCCUGCAACCUGUUGUGUUCGCAACCUUUGGAUAUCGUUGGUGACGCCUUAGACUGCACUGUGUACUAUAUAUGCGAUGCUUCCAAUACACCUCAAGGGCCCUUCCAUUGUGACACCGAAGCACCGUACUUCAACGGAGAGAAGUGCACUACUGACGAGAGCCAAUGCUGCUAAGACAUCUGCGCAGGGGUCCGAGAAACUUUAGCAACAGCGGAGCAACCUCCACCCGCGAAAUGAUAUCCAUGAACGCAUAGAAGGACACCGUUGCCAUGGUUACGAGGUUGCUAUCAGGUUGCUGGGAACACUACGUCUCGAGGUGGUGUUACUGUCUUAUAUAUAAAUUUAUGUUCACAAAACAUUUCUAUUAGCUUGUCACAAACCUUACCAACAAGAAAGGAUUGUUUUGUAAUGCACAAAGUGAAAACUUACAUGGAACAUCAAAAAUAAAGCAGAGAUGAGAUCA